AUGAAAGGGCACUUUAUAACCGAAUAUCUCUUACGUCUGAUCCUGCCGCUUGCCAUCUACCAUAGCAUCGUCGCCGAGCCGUGCCGUCGCUUCUCGGCCUCGAAUCGACCUUCUCUAGAAUGUAUUUCAACCUCAUUAACAUCUCUCCCGCCCGUACCCGCAGACGUCAUUCGCGUGCACCUAUUCAACAACUCGAUACCGUACAUUGAGAGCUUCCCCGGCACCUACGACCCAAUCCAAGAGCUGUCCCUACAGUACUGCCAGAUUGAGCGUUUUGCGGCGAGCGCCUUCUCGAGCCUGACCGCCCUGCAAAAGCUCGACCUCUCCCACAACUCGAUUGCCAGCUUCGUAAUUCAGAAAGGUCUCCGCGGCGUCACCUGGCUGAGCCUGGCGCACAAUGGGCUUCGCUUCGUGCCCGAUCUAUCCGCGAUGACGUCGCUGAAAUAUUUGGAUCUGUCUUAUAAUGCUCUCUACAGGGUGAACCCUCGGUCUCUGCCCAUCCAAUUGAAUUUCCUCUCGCUCGCCCAUAAUCGCAUCGCCCUGCUCCAGCCAUGGACCCAUCUCACCCAGCUACAGGAGGUCAACGUCGCGUCGAACCCGCUGCAGUGCGACUGUUCGCUUUGGGAGUGGGUAUCGUGGGCGGAUAAGAGAAGCGUCGUCGAUCCGUCCACUCUCCCCUGCAAUGAGACGGUGGCCGAGAUGCGGCUGUAUUCGAGCGAGAAAAAAUCGUGCGGCCCGAUGGUGGAUGGUCACUCUGAGGUGGAGCGGGUCGAGCUCGCGCAGGGCCAAUCUACCGUACUCUGCUGCACGGUUUCCGCACUUCCGGUGGCGGCCGUACACUGGAUUCACGGGGGAAUUGUGCUGGGCCAGACGGAAGCAACCACGAUUUCGGACGGAGCCCGCGUUCGCCACUGUAUCGACGUCCAGGAGGGGAGUGGAGAUGCGUACGGGGAGUAUCAGUGCGUAGCCUCGGCUAGUGGACGGAACGCUUCAAAAAGCUUCUUCAUCGAUACACCGAGGCGGAUGCUGCCGCCAAAACCGCCACAUUCUCUCUUGUUUUAUGGGCAAUUUAGUUUGGUCAUCUUCCUGUUCGUCUUCUGUUUCGCCUCGUACUGCAUCAUUCGUCGCGAUAAAUCGAGGACAAAAACCGAUGAUUUAUGCCGAAACGGUGGCCAUGUGAUACCGAUCCUGGUUGACGAUGGCUACGACAAAUCGAUGCACGAUUUCCGGAUGCAAAAAGAAUCCCCGCGCUCCGGCCUCUACGUUGGGCAUCAAGAUGAGGAAUGGCUGGCGCAUACGGCUGUC